ACUCAUUUUGAAGGCAAUCAAAGGUUUUGCGUGAGAAAGUGCUGAAAAGAAAAGAAGAAUGGGAAAGGAAGGCGAUCUCUGGGAUGAUUCUGCUCUCAUCAACGCGUUCGACGACGCCAUCUCCAAGUACAAGACGAUGCAUGACAAAGGAAAUCAUGAUAGUUCAACUGAAGGAGGAAAAGUGAUAAGCAGCAUAGAAGAAAAUUUAUCAACUCUUGUUGGUGAAAGCCAUGAGACUAAAAGACAUAUAGAAACAGAUGGUAACAGCAAUGAUGCAUUAAGUACCACAGCGGGAAUGACAGAAACUAACAAUCUUCAACCAGUUAAAGAAAAUCAUGGUGUGAAUUCAUGUACUCCAGAACUCUAUGUAGAUUCAUCAAAAGAUCAAGUAGUGCAAGAUGGUGUUCAAAGCUUUUCAAAUACACAAGUUGCAGAAGAUUAUACCCAGUUACUGAACCAAUAUUAUGACCUAGAGGAGCAGAGGCAAAAGAUUCUACAGCAACUUUACCAGUUCGGCAGUUGGAAUUACCAAGGUCCGGUUUCUAAUGUAGAAGGGGGUACCUGCUCUACUUCUCUGGAACACCAAGUCCCUACAACCGAAGCUUCUUACCCAUCCGUCAUCUGUUCUUGUUGCCCAUAUGGCUGUCAGUGUUUGAUGGCUCCGUGUUCUUUGGGUGAGACUUGUGUUGGUAAAACUUGUGAUGCUGCUUCAGCUUUGGGUCGUGAUCAGAAGUCAUCUUCUCUCGAAGAAGGUGAUAUUGUCAAAACAGCGAUGGGAGCUGCCGAAACAGCACUUUCUUCCUUGAUGGCAAAAACUUCUGGUGAUUCUAAUUUAUAUAAAGGGGAAAAGGAAGAGACAAAUGGAGGACAACUGGAACAAAGUGGCAGCUCUGGGACAGACCUGAGUGUUGUUUUGAAUGCUUGGUAUUCUGCUGGCUUCUACACUGGCAAGUAUCUUGUGGAGCAGUCUGUCGCCACUAAACGGCAUGGCUAGUUCAGCUACAAUGUCCGACAGAUGCUAAAUGGUUUCAAUGAAGGCGCAAAUUUUGCUCUAUAUCAAAAUCAGUUGGUUCUGUAUGUGCAAAAUGGAGAGAAUGUGUAUUAUUAUAGCCUUUUGUUACAGUUUCAUGAAAAUUGAAUCAUGCUAGUGCGCUGUAGUUUCAACUGUUGGCUAAUGUAACGUAGAUCUGUUUCUGGAGCGCUCACUAUAAAAAUUGGCAACCAUGUUCAGAUGGUGAUGUAGUCAACAAAUUUUUGUUUCACAACUCAUCUAAGGUCCAUGUUUUUUUUCUCGACUGCAUGGAUUGGAUUGUAACAGAUCUGUUAUUGAUAGCUUUUCACACUGAACAGGAUAAUAAGUUGCUGCCAUGGAUUAAUGUCGUGUGUUUCAUUUCUC